AUCUGUUUAUGACUAUCUUGUCGACCUUGGGUCUGCUGGCCCAGGCUCUUCCCAGCUCCGAUGCCGCGCUGGACACCAUGGCCGCCUCAAAUCGUUUGGUCUUUGCGCAUUUCAUGAUCGGCAUCGUCAGCAACCGCAACAAAGCCUCGGAUUACGAUUCUGACAUGCAGCGUGCCAAAUCCCUGGGCAUCGAUGCCUUUGCCUUGAAUAUCGGGGUCGAUCCCUACACCGACCAGCAGCUGGGGCUAGCAUACGAAUCGGCGGCCAAAAACGAUAUGAAGGUGUUUAUCUCCUUCGACUUCAAUUGGUAUCACACAGGGCAAGGUACCCAAGUCGGACAAAAGAUCGCGCAGUAUGCAAGCAAGCCAGCGCAACUCAUGGUCGAUGACAAGGUGUUUGUGUCCAGCUUCGCCGGAGACGGUCUGGAUGUCGCAGCGAUGCGUUCUGCGGCCGGUCGGCCAGUGUUCUUCGCGCCCAAUUUCCAUCCGUCAUAUGGGACGAAUAUGGACCAAGUAGAUGGGUUGCUAAACUGGAUGGCUUGGCCAAAUGAUGGCAACAACAAAGCGCCCAGGCCGGGUGCGAAUGUCAGCGUGCAGGAAGGGGAUCAGGAGUAUAUCAAGGCGCUGAAUGGAAAGGCAUAUAUUGCGCCUGCCUCUCCCUGGUUCUUCACGCAUUUCGGCCCCGAGGUUUCGUACAGCAAGAACUGGGUCUUCCCGGGAGAUCUCCUGUGGUACGAGCGCUGGAACGACCUACUGACCAUGGGAUCUCGUUUCAUUGAGAUUGUGACCUGGAACGACUACGGUGAAUCGCACUACAUCGGACCGCUGAGUUCGCCACACACAGACGAUGGAUGUUCCAAAUGGGUCAACGACAUGCCCCACGACGGCUGGCUGGACAUCUCCAAGCCAUACAUCGCUGCAUACAAGGCGGGGGCUACCUCCGUCGACAGUUACAUCAAAGACGAGGAACUGGUAUACUGGUAUCGACCAGCCCCGCGUGAGGUCAACUGCGAUGCCACCGACACGUGCAUGGUGGGAGCCAACAACAGCAGCGGGAAUUAUUUCAUGGGCCGACCCAACGGUUGGGAGAGCAUGGCAGAUGCCGUGUUUGUGGUGGCGAUGCUCAAAUCGCCGGCGACCGUGACCGUAAACUCCGGCGGCAAGGUUCAGACAUUCGAAGCACCCGCCGGUGCUAGCGCUUUCCAGGCACCCAUGGGCGUGGGAUCGCAGUGGUUCGCCCUCAGCCGCGGGGGACAGACGGUACUGUCAGGGACGAGCCUGCUGCCAAUUAUCGAUGGGUGUGUCUGUGGGCUGUAUAACUUUAACCCCUACGUCGGCACUCUGCCUGCCCAGCCUCUCGACGUCCUGCAGCCGGACGGUCUCGCGGCCUUCACCUCAGGUCUCAAGGUCAGCACCUGCCAGGCGACGCCAUCCUUAGGCAAGUCCACGCCAACCCCACCACCAUCAGCAAGUACCACCUCCGGCGGCACCGCGCCACCAACGACAACCUCGAAGUCUUCCAGCACCAAAACCCAACCACCAACCACCACCUCUCAGCCUACAACCACCACCAAAACCACCACAACCACCACAUCCUCCAAAACCUCCACAACAACCACUGGCGGCAGCCCCCCCGGGACCGCCUGUAUCGGAGGCACCGGGCCAGGAAACUACCUCGGCCUGUGCGACUUCUGCUGCCACUACGGCUACUGUCCCCCGGGGCCGUGUACAUGCACGAAAUACGGCGCGCCGGUGCCCACGCCGCCUACGACGGGUGCAAACGGGGUGCCGCUGGCCGGGUUGGAUGAUAGUUAUCUGGGACUGUGUAGUUUUGCGUGCAAUCAUGGGUAUUGUCCGCCGACGGCUUGUACUACUCGGUCUUAGACAAUACGAAAGAGAGAAUCAUUAGGGCCGGGAGACCAG